AAAAAAGUGUUGCAACUUUUCCGUGAACGACGUACUGUUGAAACGAACGGGUUAACUCCUGAAUUAUUUAUUAAUUAAAUCUCUUUCUUUCUUUUUUUUUGGUUCAGCGUCUCAUCUAGGAAAAAAAAGAUAUGUAGUAUGUACAUAUUCGCGCUUAUCGAAGAAAAUUCGGGAGCAAGUUUCUCAUCCAUCUUUACGUCUCUGUCUCUGUUCCUCGCUCGCUCUCUCUUUGUCCUCGCCGAUCUAUUGCGCGCGUUCGAUCGACGAGAGUCCAGUCGUCCUCCCUUCCCCCCCCCCCCCCCUUCGCCGUUGUUGUUGGUCCUGGCAUCGCCGUCGAGGACCCUCGAUCCGCAUCGCGACGUCCGCACACCGCACAAUCCGCAGUAGCAUAUUUAUAUAUCGGAGGCUGUUCGGCUGACCGCGCGCGGGCGAGAUGUCGUUGAUCAGGACGCUGUGGAAGUGCGCGUUCAGUCCGCGGCUUUUCAAGAUUUACGAGGUAACGUGGAUCGGUCUAGUCGACAAGUCGUACGAGGCGAGGAACCUGGAGCGAUGGGGCGAUCAUAUCGUGAUCUCCUUUGCGGCGAUAUGGUCCAUGAGUCUGUACGCCGUACCGGUCAUUGCCAUGUUCGCCAUGUACCAACGUGGCUACUCCUUGACAGAUAACGUUUCUUGCUUGAGCAAAUUGGCAGCUGGCGCCGGCGCGCUCCUUGUCGCCUCGUUGGCCGCACGCGGUUACUCCAGGGUUAAUAAUCCGGUGUACGUGAAGUUUGUGGAAACCUUGAACGAGACACAGUUGCAUUAUAACGCAAGCACGAAACAGGAACUUAAUAAGUACGAUUUUGAAUUCUGGGCAUGGCCUGUGGACUUUGAUGUCUCGGAACUAAACAGUGAUACUGCAGACAAGUUGACACUAGAAAAAAUUGCAAAGGCUAGCGGCCGCCUCAGACGACAAAGCGGCAAAGAAUUUGUAUUUGCUAUACCAUGUAAAUUGCUUUCUUAUGCGAUAGCACAUACAUUCGCGGGUAAAUUGAUUUAUCCUGGCAGUAUAUCUUUCAUCGGCUGGAUACUCGGCUCCACGUUGGUGAAGGGAAGAGUAGAUUUGAUGAAACUGGGUGGAGAAAGAUUCAAAUUAAUGACUGCUGAUAAAAAUCAAAUUGACGCGAUGUUUGUUGAUCGGCGUAACAAAAGCGCUUAUGGCGAUGUAUUGGUUGUAACUUGCGAAGGAAACUGUGGUUUUUAUGAAACAGGGAUUAUAUCCACUCCUCUAACCAAGGGCUAUUCGGUGCUGGGCUGGAAUCAUCCGGGUUUCGCCAGCAGUACUGGUGCGCCAUAUCCAGAGCAAGAGGAAAACGCCAUCGAUUGUAUAAUGCGUUUUGCGAUCGAGCGUCUAAAGUUUCCCGAAGAACGGAUCAUCGUGUACGGUUGGAGCAUCGGAGGCUAUCCCGCUACUUGGGCCGCUAUGAAUUAUCCUUCUAUUCGGAGCUUGGUUUUAGAUGCUACGUUCGAUGAUGUACUUCCAUUAGCUAUUAAAACAAUGCCACCGUCCCUAGAAGGUUUAGUCCGCAACAUAAUCAGAGAUUACUUCAAUUUAAACAUAGCAGAACAAUUGAAUAGAUAUAACGGGACCGUAUUGUUAGUGAGAAGAACAGACGACGAGAUCCUCUCUAUACCUCCCAACAGCUUAUCUGGAAAUCGCGGCAAUAUGUUGCUGAUGAAAUUACUUCUUAGACGUUAUCCGCAUCUAUUUUCCGAAACCUCUGAAUCUGGGACAGUCUUAUCGAGGUUCUUAUCCGCUGAAGCGUCCGACAGAACGUCGAUAUUGGCAUCGUUCCAAGUGGAGGAGAAACGUUGCCUAGAAUUGAUAGCGGCUAAUAUACGAAGCGAUGAUGGGGUGAUAAAUUAUCCGUCUACUCUAGGACAGAAUUGUAAUACUAGGACAAAAUUACAGUUGGUUCUCUUCCUUGCAACAAUGUAUAUGAAAGAUCAAUCAUCGUCGCACUGUAUCCCGUUGUCUGUUGAUCUGUUUCAUCCGGGUUGGGAUCCAGCAUCCGCCAUUGCUGUGAAGUAGCUUUCACAAUACUAUACUUGGAAUAUCAGAAUAAGCUUCUCGAGCUUUUCUUAUUUAUAUUAGUACAUUAUGAACGAAUGAAAGCGGUAAUAACGGUGCAAUUUCGUAUUAAGUUUUACUAGCACACAUACACACAGGCGUUAUUUAUUCCAUAUUAAUCUAUAAUUACAAAUUUUUGUGAAAAAUUUUACAUAUUAGAUAUCAUUUUUAAUUCAUAACAAGCAUUUUAGUUGAGUUGCAAUAGUCAUUUGCAUUUUUGAAUUGAUUAUACGAGUCGCAUAUCACCAAGUACUGCUUUGUAUAAAAUUCAUUUGUAUUACAAUAUACAUAUUAAAAUUUAAAAAUUGAUUCUUUAAUAUAUUGACAUUAUU